CGUGUGCAUGGCGCGCGUGUCCCGUGUCUCGGAGGCUGGCUCCGCCGCGGCCGCGCUCUUCGGCUGGGGUGCAAAUAGCUACGGGCAGCUUGGCCUUGGUCACAAGGAAGAUGUGCUUCUUCCCCAGCAACUGAGCAGCUUCUGUGAGCCCGGGUGCAUCAGGAGUGUCACAGGAGGUGGGGGCCAUUCUGCAGCUGUCACAGAUAGAGGAAGACUCUUUGUUUGUGGCCUGAAUAAAGAUGGGCAGCUGGGGCUCGGCCACACAGAAGAUGUUCUGUGUUUUACCAUCUGCAAGCCUCUCCUUGGUUGUCCAAUCAAACAGGUGGCCUGUGGCUGGGAUUUUACCAUUAUGCUCACAGAAUUAGGUCAAGUUCUGUCAUGUGGAUCCAAUGCUUUUGGCCAGUUAGGUGUGCCGCACGGCCCUCGCAGAUGUAUGGUUCCACAGACCAUUGAGCUCCUGAGAGAGAAGGUUGUUUGUGUCGCUGCUGGACUGAGGCAUGCAUUAGCCACUACAGUGAGUGGCAGUGUGUUCCAGUGGGGGACUGGCUUGGCAUCUUCUGGACAACGCUUGUGUCCUGGGCAGACUCUGCCAUUGUUUUUGACAGCAAAGGAACCAAGCAGAGUGACAGACCUUGAAAAUUCCACAUGUGUUGUUGCCGGAUCUGACCACUCAGCCGCAUUAACAGAUACAGGAGAACUGUAUGUCUGGGGCCGGAACAAGCAUGGACAACUGGCUUCCCUGGCUGCAUUCCUUCUUCUGCCCCAGAGAAUAGAUGCACGAUGCUUUCAGAAUGAAAAACUCACUGCUGUCUGGAGUGGCUGGACACACCUGGUUGCUCAGACAGAAACUGGCAAGGUGUUUACCUGGGGUCGAGCAGACUAUGGUCAGCUAGGGCUGAAGUUGGAGCCUCCUGAUGGCCAGAAACCUCACAAACUAGAUUCAUCGCUUGCCUUUUGGAGGCAGCAAAGCAGUGUCCCUUUGUCUCUGCAUUGCCUGACAGGAGCAGCCAAGAUUUCUUGUGGCUCAGAACACAAUUUGGCAAUAAUUGCCUUCCAGGAGAGAAUUGUUGGACUAUGUCCAUGUCAGCAGCCUGGCCACUCACCGGGAGGAAGAACACUGCUUCCCUUGGACCAGGGCUUGCAGCUACAUGUAAUGGUGACAAGUGUUGUGCCUGGGGCUGGAACGAACAUGGUAUGUGUGGGGAUGGCACUGAGUCCAAUGUCUGGACACCAUCUCCAGUGCAGGCUCUCCAGUCAGCGAAACUCCUCCUCGUGGGCUGUGGGGCUGGCCACUCCUUGGCCUUAUGUCAGCUGCCAGCACACCUUGUGCCAUGCCAGGAUCUCAAGGUCACCUACCCACUCCACACUGCCACGGAGAACACUGAAUCUCAGGAUGUCGUGGACAAAGAGAAACUGGAAGGAUAGACCAUCGGGAACUUUAACCCAGAGCAGUUGUGACCAGAUGAGCCACGAGUGCCCGUGAGAGAGCACCUUUAAUAAAGCGACCGAUCCCAAUGAAGAUCCCUGGAGAACCAGAGCAGCAAGGAGGUGCUUGCCCACUGCUCCAAGAGGACUGAGCUGUGGAGACAACAUCUUUUCUCCUCAGCAGAUGCAAAUGAAGAAGGAAUCCUCACUAAAGGACGUGCAAAGUGAAAACAUCAGCAAAGAAGGCUCCAGCCCCUGAGUGAUCUCAGCCCAGCUCCAUGGCUAUGCUCUGGUCCAGCGGCCUUUGGUCAGAAGAUGGGGCUUCUAGGAUAUGUUUAGAGCAGCGUACUGUCCCUUCUAACUUGGGGGCUUAUUUUCUGUCCAGAGUCUGUUGCUUCUGGUUCCAGGUACUGUGCCUGGAGACUCUGAAAGGAAGGCGCUCACAUAUUCACGACCAGGGCCCCAGCAAAGGCUUAGGGUCAGGUGGGGAGAAUGAAAUGAGGGGUGGAGAGUAUGCAAGGCUUCUGGGAACACCCAGCAGAGAAAAUCCCGAGUGCAGACCGGGUGUCUGGAGCCAGGGAAACUCUCAGAAGAUGGAUAAGUCUUCCUCCAACCAGGCAGGAUUCUGGGGCUGCUGUAGCAGGUGAGCUGUUUAGUCUCUGAGUUGGGAUGCCUGGACUCUACUGGACAUUAAAGCUGAAAGCUGAGGGACCUUCCAUCAACAUGUAGUUGAGAGGCCUCUAAACUACAUCCUGCAGAGUCUGGCAUGGUGGCACAUGCCUUUAAUGCCAGAGCUAGGUGCAUCUCCAUGAGUUUAAAGCCAGCCUGGUGUACAUAGCGUGUUACAGAGUGAGACCUGUUCUGAGCCUUGGGCAUCUCCUUGUAGACAGAGUACCACCUCCAGGUUCCUCUAGGCAGUGUUAAUUUUGUCUUUACAUUAUGUAUUGUGAGCUGCAUAAGAUUGUAUUUGAUAAGUGGGUCCUUAAGAAAUUGAAGAAACUGCUGAUCUUAUUCAACUAUUCUUGUUUUUCAUCAGGAGAAAAUAGUGGCUAUAAAAAGGGGGAAGGGUCAUCUCAAGGUCACACACCUCCCUGAUGGUUCAGGAUGACCCAACCAUAGCCCUGAGCUAGGCAACAGUGGAUAGGAAGUAGCUAAAUGACUAGAAGUGGGUUCUUCUCAGAAAACAUGGAUGAAGUCAGUUCAGACUCCACAGGUCUGAGCCUAGGCACUGCUUGUAGCUACAGUCUGACCUGCAACCCAGUGAUUUGAGUCUUGCUCCUGACUUUUGGCCCAAGAACUAUGCCCUAUUCCAUACAACCCCACCUCCCAGGCCCAGAGGCCUGUUGCAGCAUAUGUACUCUGAUAUGCUCAAGCCCAGAAAAAUGGAGCCAUCACUCAGGGGUAAGCCAUACUGGAGCAAACUCAAGGUUACUGUCUUCUAAGCUGAAUAGUUGGCAAAAACCAGGCCAGAAAACAUUCCCCUGUGACCCAUACUGCCUCCAGUUUCCCUCCUAUCUCUUUCAGCACUGCUGGAAAAGCUCAGCACCCUGCGCUUCUGCUGCUGGAACCUAGUACCUUAUUUGCAGGAGGCAGAAGCAUCUUUGCGUCCUGAAUAGGAUCAGCAUAUGAGCCCCAAGUCCUUUGGUCUCUAACCUCAGAUGCUGACACGUGUGUCAGAGCCUUCUGGCUGCAGGCCCAUGCAGGAAGGAGUGGCUCCAUGGCCCAUCACCUCACCUCCACUCCCAUCCUGCACUUCCUGAUGGCCGUGUAGCCAGAGACCCUUCUUACUUCACUGCCUGUCUCCAGUAAAGGAAAGCACCUGUCAGAGAUGAAGAAGGACGUGUCUAGAUUCCCCCCACCCCCUGCAUCCUUUGGUGGCUAUUUGUCUUUCUAAGACUUUGUCCAAGUUCCUUUCCGGGCAGUCCAUGAGGGAGCCAGCUCCUAGUCAGUUUAGAACUUAGCAAACUGUAAACCAAUGAUCUUCUCAGUGUCCCUGUGGGUCACCAUGGAGCGAGGAGGCUAACUGAGCAAUCCCUGAGAUCCCACCCUUAUCCACCCCUCUGUUUACAGCUCUCUGAGAAACAGUCUCCAGGUCCCAAAGCCAUUUGAUAGUUCCACUUCACCUGCCGUGUUAGACCCAUUAGGGGCAUAGGAGCUUACUUGAAUAAGAGCUCAUUUAAAAAAAUACAUUUUCCUGAUUGACUAAAUAAAUUUGCCUUCAUUUCCUACCUCUGCCCCUCAUGAGAAGAACAACGCCAUUGUGCACUUUCAGGCCUUUGCGCAGGCCCUGGAGUAAGUGGUGAAGACCCAGUAUGCAACAGCUUUGCCUUCCCUCCUUCCCACACCCACUCCUCCCUCUGGUCAUGGAUACCCACCUUCCCUUGACACAUCUGCCAUCUUUGGCCAUACUGGGUCCUCACAUGCCUGCCAGGUCCAUUAAAAUAACUUCAGAUGGUGGGUUGGCUAGUCUUAUGUCAACCUGACACAGCUAGUCACCUGAGAGGAGGGAGCCUCAGCUGAGAA